CGCCUGCACACAACAUAGCCAUCUUGUCAGGAGAGAGGAAGGGAGCAGUCGGCGCUGUUAAGAUUAUCACUCGUUUCACGCGCAGCGUUUUGAGGUCUGCCUGAUCUUCUGCGACACAUAGCUACAAAGUUACGUGUUCUCGACGGACGCGCUGACGCCGGCGAAGCAGCUGAGACGUGCGUACGCUUCCGCGGACAUGUCUCGUAUACUUGUGCCGACGUAGAGGGGGAGUGUGCGGCGGCAGCCACUUGGCCCGACUUGUAUGCUAGCUCAGUGAGUGAAGGGCCUCCUUAGCUCGAAGUAGCUCGUGCAGCCGGGCAACACGCUCUGCGACAACGGCCGGCCGACGAGUGGACAGCCGAGGAAGCAGCAGGCCGGUCCGGACGGACCCUAAAUCCUCCACCGGUCGCCGUCCAGGCUGGGCAAGGAGACACGAAGUGCGGCGCCUGGCUUUAUGAAACGCAACAGGAGACAGAGAGAGGAAGAGGAUGGCGCAGAUUCAUCUUGAUUACAGCUAAGUAGGAAGAGGAAAACAGACCCGAGUGUGCUCUUUACUAUGAUCUAAGCCUAGCUGGGAGUAAGAGAACGCGUCCACCAGCCGGCCCCGUUUUCACGGAGGAGGGAGGAAAGAAACACGCGGCCGUAAGGGAGCCGGAAUCAGACCGGCCAACAUGUCGAAGAUGCCGGCCAAGAAGAAGAGCUGCUUCCAGAUCACGAGCGUGACUCAGGCCCAAGUGGCGGCCGUGGGCGCCGCCGACGACACCGAGAGUCUAGACGACCCGGACGAGUCGCGGACUGAAGAGAUGUCGUCGGAAAUCUACGACGUGUCGCGGGCUGAGUACGAGCCCGCCUGCGAGAGGAGCUCCUCCGACGAGGCGCUGAACAACGCCGGGGAGGCGGAGGCGCAGCCGAACGCCCCCCAGGCCGCCCCGCCGUCUGGGCCGGGAGGCGGCACCGGCGGGGAGCCGAGAAAAGCUGCGGCGCCCGGCUCCGUUCAUGGCGGCCAGCACCAGCCGGGGGCCGGCGUGACAACCGGGGCACCCCCUGCUACGGCCAGCCCCGGUGGCUCGGCCGGCACCUCCCAGACUGCUGCGGGGAGCAGCUCCGCCGCCUCCACGGUGAGCUGCUCGUCGCGCUUCAGGGUCAUCAAACUGGAUCACGGUACCGGGGAGCCGUUCCGGAGAGGCAGGUGGACGUGUACGGAGUUCUACGAGAAGGACUCGGAGAGCUCCCACGCCGCGCGGACAGACAGUAUAAGGCACGCCAGCUUGACGCUGGACCCUGCUGCGGACAGAGACAGUGGGCUUGGACCUUCCGUGGGCUCCACUGUGUCCCCGGCCACGCACUCUGGGCCUGGUGUGGGCUCCAUGGCGGAGGGAUCCCAGUGUUCACUGCCAGCGCAGCAGCAGGCCCUGCAUCAGAGCCUCAGCAGCCAGCAGCAUGGAGGCGCCCCCCCACCCCAGUCCUCCAUGGGGCUCCUCCAGCCUCAUGCUGCUCAGACCUUGCUCCCCAUCGGACAGAACGGCCUGCCCCUCCCUGAAGGCCACUUACAGAAGUCCCCGGUGAUGCCUCCUCCUUACCCAGCCCAGCAGCCGCUUCCUGGGGUCCACCCCAUCACCAGCCAGUCGUCAGGACUGCUUCAGCACCAGACGGAGUAUUAUCAGCAGGCUCAGCCUGCAUCUGUCCCCCCGGGACUUUCGGGGGGGCCGCCUGUUCCCGUGGCGAGCCUCUCUGCGGUGAGCGGUGGACACAUCCCCGUUGCUCUCAUGCCGCCGGCUUCCUUAGCCUCCGUUGUGAGUCAGGUGGGAGACGUAGGCGCAGCAGGGGGCGGACCUGUACCUGCUGCCUUACAGCAGCCUCUAGGGUUCGGAGUCCCCGGGGGGCCCGUGUUGGUCGCUGGAUCCCCCCUCCCGCAUCAGACUGCAAUUCAGUACGCCCCGGCCGGGCAGCCCCAGCCUGUCAGCCACCCGGCGGCGUCCGGCGGGCAAAGCGUGCCUGCUGUCGCAGCGGGUUCCAGCGCGCCCACCAGCGUGCCCGCUGCCGUGCUCAGUGCCUCCAGUGCAACCAUGCCAAACGUGACGACCACCAGCUUGCCUCCCGGUCAGAUAGCACACAGCAUGACUCCGGGGGCCUUGGGGGCCCAAGGCCUCCCCACAGCUGGAUUUGGACAGGUGGAGGCAAGCGGUGGAAGGAAGUCGGAGGGAGCCAUCGUUGCACAGUCUCCGGUCGUGUCUGGGAGGGAGGCUGCAAAGCCCUUCAUGCCGGACGCCCUGCAGCUCGGCUCUCCUGCUGUCACCAGCCUGUUUGGAAUCCACAUACCUGUGGACGGCGAGGAGGACAGGAACCCCUCCAUGGCUUUCUACCAGGCCUUCCAGUCUGGAAGCAGAUUAAGAGACUCAAAGGCUCACAGUGAUAGUGCCUCUGGAACCAACAUUGUUGCCAUUGAUAAUAAAAUUGAACAGGCAAUGGACCUGGUGAAAAGCCAUCUGAUGUAUGCGGUGCGUGAGGAGGUGGAGGUCUUAAAGGAGCAGAUCAAGGAGCUGUUUGAGAGGAACUCUGUGCUGGAGAGGGAAAACGCCGUGCUCAAGUCCCUGGCCAGCAGCGAGCAGCUGUCUCAGCUGUCCGCUCAGACGGGCGCCGCCGUCGUCCCUGCCGCCGUCGCCGCUCCCGGGUCCGCCGCCUCCUCCAGCCUUCAGCAGCUCCAUCCCAUCCCCCAGCAGCUCCAUCUCCAGCCUCAGCCCCAGACUCCGCUCGACGGCGGCCAGCAACCGCAGCCCAACGUCACCUCCGCUUGAAGUGCAUCUGCCCUGCUUUGUGCAGGGCAGGAAUAAAGAAGAGCUUCUUCUUGUACAACUUAAUAUAAUUAGUCUAUGUGAAAUUAGAAAGAAGAAAAAACUGUCUUUAGCCACCAGCUUGACCACAGAGUACAGUGCUUGUGUGUGUGUGUGUGUGUGUGUGUGUGUGUGUGUGUGUGUGUGAGAGAGAGAGAGAGUGAGCCAGUGAGACUGUGAACAGGUUCUGGAAUGUAUGCGUGCGUCUGUACCGUGGGCCUUUCCAGUGUUAAUGCAAUCAUCGAGUGUCAGAGGGAGCGUUCAGGGAGGUGGGGGGAGGUGGGGGUCAUGGUCCAGCUCGCUCCAACGCUGGUUAGCUUCUGCCUCUGGUCCGGUCCUCUCUGAUCAGGACCAAGCAGAACCGCUCCACCUCACCGCCUGACCCCAAACGCCCUCGGUGUGGAGGCUCAGAAAGCAAAGGGGUUCACCGCCAGGAAGAGACAGACAGGAAGUAGAACAUAUUUUUUUAAAUGAGACUGAGUGGGGGGGUAGACGGGGGAGUUUCUUUGCCUGGCUGCUUCAUGUCAGGAUGUAAAACUGGGAGAGUCUUUAUUUAGUUUUGGGUUUAGUCUUUGUUUUUGUCAUUUUCCUCCGGAGCGCCACACCGCUGCCGUUACCUUGCAUCAAGUCCAACUCUUGUCAGUCCUCCUACUGUUAUUAGUGUUUUAUUUAUUACAGGGCUGCUAUUUCCACCAUUGAACAAUCUGAUGAAAGCUGUUAAACAGUGGCCCGUGACUCCUUUCUUCCUCCUUUCCCUAUUUUCUUCUUUUUUUUUUUCCAGUGUUUUAACAGCUCAGCCACACUUCCCAGGCUGCCCUCUGUGAAAACAAAAUAAAAUACAAUUCUGACAGAAGUUAAACACUAACUCAGAUAAUACGCUGCAAUUUGCCAAUUCCAUAGCUUGAGCUCCAUAGAAUGUACAUUUUUGUAUAGUAUAAAGUAUUAUUCGCCUUGACGGGCGACGGCACCUGUCCACUUCAGAUGUUAAUAUAAGCCAGCAAAGGGGGCGGUUGAAGAAGACCCAGUUAUUUGAUCUUAAAGUGAAUUUAAGAGUAUUACCAUGCCCCCCUCUUUACGUUCAGUUUGAUCUCCACUGGUUUUCCUGAGAAAAGGGGGGGAGAGAAGCUGUGAACUCAUCCAACAUACUUCAACGUACGUCAACCAAAGAUGAAAAGCUGUGUGAAUCCAUUCUUUCAGAGAUGCACAUGAGAUUUUUUGUUUUUUUUGUUUUGUUACUUUCUCCUACACAAGAAUAUUUUUGUUGCUGUUCAGCAUGUUCUGCAUGAUCUGUAACCUUCAAACCACUUUCUUACCUCAUUUUUAUUCAGCACUCUUAUUGUAAGAUAGUCUGAACAGUGUAAAUCGGGGGGGGGGGGGGGCAGCGCGUUGAAAAUAAAACCCUAGUGUUGCCGACACUAGUCGCAGAAAAAUGAAGUGAGCCAUGUUUUGUUUGUUUAAAUGGUGUUUGAAUUUCAUAUGCCGAUAGUUUUGUUACUUUGCAAAUUUUAUUGUAUUUAAAUAAAAGCAAUAUUCAGAUUCCAA